AUGGGAAACCUGGUGGAACCACGAUUCGCGGAAACGAAACAUAUAACGGCCAUAAACGACCUGAUAGUAAAUAGAGAAACCUGCUGGAUUAAGAGUUACAGGAAUGAAGGGAUGAUAGCGGGGAGAGUGGGAGUAAUAAUGGAUGUACUGCAUAGAAGGCAUAUAGAUGUUGGUUGCAUACGAGAAACCAGAUGGAAAGGUUAUGCCGCAAGAAUUAGCAGGACAAAUGAAAAGUAUAAAUUAUUCUUGCAAGUAAGUAAUGAUGAUAUUGCUGGUGUUGGGGUAUUUGUUGCUGAGAAAUGGGUGGACAAAGUAAUCGAAGUUAGGAGACUAGAUAACCAGAUAAUGAUUAUCAAUAUAAUCUUUGGUAGAAGGUUAUGCAAUAUUAUCACGGCAUAUGUCCCUUAG